CAGUAUUUUUGUGACAGCUUGACAAUAAUUACAAAAUAAAUCAGUCACUCAUUCAACGUGAUCAAUAAAGAAAACUUGAUUAGAUUCAAAAAUUGCUUAUAAUAACAUCAUGGUUAUGGAUGCAGCCCACAUCUUAUAGGGUGUUGAAGCAAUGGUGAAGAAAGCAAUAUUGAUAGGUAUCAAUUAUCCUGGAACCGAAGGAGAGCUACUGGGCUGUAUCAAUGACGUUACGCGGACGCACAAAUCACUUGUGGAACUGUUCGGAUUCCCGGAGGAGAACAUCACUGAGCUGAUUGAUACUGACAAGUCUAAAAUCCAACCCACUGGCAAGAACAUCCGACAGGCGUUUUCAGAUCUUGUUGAAACAGCAAAAUCUGGUGAUGUCCUUUUUGUUCAUUACAGUGGACACGGUACGAGGUUGCCGCCAGAGACCGGUGAAGACGAUGAUACUGAGUUUGACGAGUGUAUUGUUCCCUCCGAUCACAAUUACAUCACCGAUGAUGAUAUCAGAGAAAUUGUGGAUAAGGUGCCCAAAGGCUGCUCAUUUACGUUUGUCUCCGACUCUUGUCAUAGUGGUGGUCUCAUUGACUCAGCCAAGGAGCAAAUAGGAGAGAGCUUUAAAAAGAAACCCAAGAAAGUAUUCAAAUGCCCCUUUGGACUUUUUAGUUCCAAACGUGUUGUAGUAAAAGAAGAAACAUCUACCAAGACAGAACAGAGAGAUGGUGAAAACAUAAGCAAUACCAGAAACAGAUUUCUACCACUGGAGACUUCUAUCAAUAUGUUGAAGCAAGCUACAGGAAAAGAUGAUAUCGAAGUGGGGAACAUUAGGGCGACACUUUUCGAUGUGUUUGGAGAUGAUGCAUCCCCAAAAGUGAAAAAGUUCAUCAAGGUGAUUCUAAGCAACUUGCAGGAGAGUAUUGGUGAAGGUUUAAUGUUGGGAAAUAUUGGAAAGCUAGCAACAGAUUUUUUGACUGAGAAGCUGAAUGAUGAAGAGUUUUUGAAACCCGCGAUCCAAACACAAGUAGGGAGCAAGAAAGAGGUCUAUGCAGGAGCAUGUAAUGGGGAGCUUGGGAACCACGGUAUUCUACUUAGUGGGUGCCAAACUGAUCAGUUUUCUGCAGAUGUAGCCUCCAAAGAAAAAGCUUAUGGAGCAUUCACUAAUUCCAUACAUACUAUACUUGCUGAGACAAAGGGUAAGAUCAGUUACAAAGAUCUGGUUUUGAAGUCCAGGAAGUUACUUGAGAAACAAGGGUAUCCUCAACGACCGGGGUUGUAUUGCAGUGAUUGUUACGUGAAUGCUCCAUUCGUAUGCUGAAAAAUAACUGUUAUGUUUGUACUUUCCUUUUACAACAUUUGGACUUUGGUGCUGAACAAGUAUUUGUGUAAUUUUUCUUUUUUUUUGUAUUUUUUGUAAUUUAUAUUGUUUGUUGUAAGUUUUAUUUGAAUGGAAAGUGUUCAGUUUGAAUCGUA